CCAAUUCACUUGGACACGCCUCCCAAUGAAACUGACCAACUCGUCGCAGACAUGUCUGGGUUCUCGCUUGACCCUAAACCAGCCAAAACCAAGGAGUUAGCCGGUAUUUUCUCUCAUACUACUCCCGGUUAUCAUAAAAAGGAACGUGAUAUUCAAUCUACAGAUGAGCCGCAAGUCAAUUUCCAGACGCCCGCUUCCGGUCCCGAGCAUCUUCUCGAAAUACCCCAUUCUCCCAAACGACCGGGUGCACCAGUGCCUACCAAAGCAACAACUUCUUCGUCAGAUCCUCUUGACCUUUUGUAUUCUCGUCCUCCAGAUUCCAAGCGUAUAGAAGCGUCUCACGAAGUUGGAAAUCACAUCGACCCAGAUGAAAAUCAUGCGCAAGAAAAUAUCAAGAAAGUAAAGAGAGUCUACGGCAAGGGUAAUAGGCAGAAAAGUGUAGCAUUCGUUGGGUCCCCGGAUCACAAAACCCGGCCCAAGUCCAACGGAGAGAAGGAACGCGUAAAGAGUCGGGCCAAAGGACCUACAUGUAGCAAGAGGAGGUCUUCUGAUGAUAAAAUGGAUACCUCAGAGGAUGAACUAUUGCUAAA